CAGCGGAUAUGGAGGUGCAAGUCAACUUGCUUUUACAUUCAUCAAGUUAGGAGUUCCAAACCCUUCAACUAUAUUUGAAACGACUGGAUAUCCGCUUGCCGCUUCAUCAUCCACCCACGUGACUUAAUGGUUUAACAUUUAAAGCCGUUGGAUCGAUCUUCCAGCUUGAGCCCCAAGUUUGAAGUAACGUGGAACGCAAACACGGAGCAAACUUCCUCAAUUAUAAUUAUUUAUAUUUAUUAUUUUGUAGCCUCAAAAUUCAUGAAUUACUCUUCGAUUUUGGAGAAAGCCCGAUAAUUUGGUGGGGUUCUUUUUCAUAUGAUCGGCUGCCAAAAGACCAACCGAGUCACCAGCUGUUAACAGAGUUUCGAUCAAACUCGCCAGCAUCUACUUCUUCAGCCUCCUCGUCUUCUCCGCUCCCUCGGAAUCGUUUCAUAAGGUAUGCGCUUUGGGAUUUCUUCUAAGUUUCUGAAUUUGCUGUGUUUCUGUGGAACGAUUGAUUGAAUAUCCGACGAAUUAGUUCACUUUCGAUUUUGACUUCGUGCUGCUUAAAAUUGUUCGCUCCUUUUGGAUGAGCGAAGCAAGUGGAAGAACAUAAUCCCUGGCUUGGUUAUUGGGGGUACUUAGUUUAUUGUUAUUCUAGGUGGGUAGUCAGUUAAUUGAGAUUCUGGCCUGGAAUGGAAUUGUAUGUAGAACUCGGAAGUAGAAACUUUUCAGGGUUUUGUUUGGCUGGAGGAAGUUUUGGGCUGACUAAUUACUUACUUUUGUUUUGAUGAGGUGCAGGAAGGGAAGAAGGGAUGGCUAAGAGUUGCUUCAAGCAAGAGCAUGACCAUGAGAAGAGAAAAGCUGAGGCAGCCAGGAUUAGGGAGAAAUACCCAGAUAGAAUUCCGGUCAUUGUGGAGAAGGCAGAGAGAAGCGAAAUACCAAACAUAGAUAAGAAAAAGUACCUUGUCCCUGCUGACUUGACUGUUGGACAGUUUGUUUAUGUUAUCCGAAAGAGGAUCAAGCUGAGUGCUGAGAAGGCGAUCUUUAUCUUCGUCGACAAUGUCCUGCCACCAACCGGUGCCAUCAUGUCUGCUAUAUAUGAAGAGAAGAAGGAUGAAGAUGGGUUUCUGUAUGUCACUUACAGCGGUGAGAACACGUUUGGGACGGAGAUUCAGCAGUAGAGCCAAGCCAAAUUGUUGCAGAGCUCCAUAAGUUUCCCUGUUUAUCUGUCUCAGUUGCUUGUUUAGGUUUGGGGUUGAUGUUCAUUUAAUAUACGAACACAGCUCGGUUGUGGAGACACUUGUGCAUAGGGUAUAUCUCUCUCUCUUGUAUAGACACUUUCAAGAACUUCUCUUCUCUUUCUCUAAUUGAGUAUUUAUGUCGAAAACAUGACUUGGCCUCUCCCUGGUGUUUGGCAUAAUGAUUAUCAAGAUGGAACUGAAUCACUUAAUGCGUUUGUUUUAGUUACUUGAAAAGAAAGAAGAAACACUAUUAUUCCUU